AUGGCAACUACGGAUCCACAAAAGAAGAACCGCCUGAGUCGCCUGCUCGGAGGCAGUAAGCGGGAGAAGUCACCAGACAAACCAGCCUCGUUUCCUCCCGAUUCUGCAUACGCAAGCAGUGAUGUCGCGGUAUCAGCACCGGAUCAGUCGAAUGAGCAGAUAGUGCCUGCAGAGAAGAACAGCGAGAUCGCAAAUAUCGACAAGGACAGGAAUCUGGGAGUGAAGCCAUCUACAGGUCAGGUCUUCGACCGAGACACCGGCGAGGUUGUUACCGUCGUUACCACAACUACUACAACUACCACAACCACCACACGUAGACCCGGCAAAAAGAGUCCAGAUGUCCACCAAGACAUACAGAAGAUGACGCAGACCCAGCCUGCCACCAAUGCAAAUGGUACCGUCGAUCCCACCAGUGACAAGUCAGGCAUCAUUGCUGAAAUGCCUGCCACUCCAGCAGAACAACCCAAAGUACACUCGACGUACCCCGCUGGCGACACACAAAACAGGAUUCGGGACAAGUCUCCGAGCCUACCACCGAAGAGUGCGAACCGAAAAUCUGGGGAGUUCGGCACGCACAGCCACUACAAUCCUGCUCCCGACGUUUCACCAGAGGGCAGUUAUAUGGCAAGACCGGGGCCGACAGGCAACACACCUCCCCUUAGUCCAACUGGCGCCAACUAUAGCUAUCCAUCACAUACCGGCAGGAGCGACUAUGACAACGUCAGUCUCGCGACUACUGCGCAAACCCAAAGCCACAACAAGUCAACAAUUGCCGACCUAAAAGCUGCUGCGAAAGGUCUUCAUGGUGUCGGUGAAACCCUCCGUGGCACACUCAACAGCGCCGUCGACGAGAACUUCCCACGCAAGAACGCCAAGAAGGCCGCUUUCGCCAAGUCCAAGAAUGAUGCAACCCUCGCGCGUGGGCGCGAAGAAGUCUCCAGUAUUCCACAUCGCAACCGGCAGCAGUAUGACACUCCCCCAACCGAUUCACUCUAUGGCAGUAGCCAGCACAUACCGCAGCAUCACGACAACAGCCACACAUACACAUCCUCGGCUCACCCGCCACCCAUACCCCAAGCACACAACUAUGGCGGAGCACCUGUGAGGCCGCCCAGUCCUACACGCACUCCCACGAACGACCAGACCGUGCCGGGCAGCUGGGGUGCCGACGACUAUGAUCACGGUGCUUAUUCAGGAGUCGGUGCUGGUACUCCUGGUGGAGCUGGCUACGGAAAUGCGGCAGGUGUGGGCCAGGAGAAUAUCGAGCGGGAGAAGACACGAGGCAGCUUGGGCAAGCUUUUCAAGCGGAAGCCCGUGGCUGCGGGUCAAGAGCAGGGAAACCUGAAGGUGAGGCCAUAG